AUGGAUACUUAUCCUCGUUACAUCAACACUGUUUCUAAUUCCUAUGCUACCCGGGGAUCCCUGAAUCCGGCGGAUCAUUCCGUGAGGGAAGAUCCGCCGUCAUCCGCGUUUCCUGAACCUGAAUCCGGUUUCCUCCUCGUCACUGUCAUCGUCCUUGACGGUCAUUUUACUUCUCUUGAAAGUAGGCUGUCCCGCUGCAAUACUAACAGGGCCUCGCUUUCUUCCCCUCUGCGUCUGGGUUUGAUCGAGCUGCGUCUCGGCAACUCUGCCACUACCUCGACUAGGCGCCGGCGGUUCCUCAUUUUCCGAUCCGCUGUCUUCCACAUAAAUUACAUCUGAAUACUUUGUACCCUUCGUAUCCCGUUUCCUGCGCGUGAACCCAGCCUCAGGCUCCGAGUCGCUCUCCUCCACUCGGACAACGCCAGAAUUACGCAUGCUAUGAUCACCCUGUGUCCGAGUAAAGCUGGAUCUGGCAUCAUCCAAAUUAAGAACGGCGCCUCCAAAGACUUUCUUCUGGGACACUUCCUGGAAUGAAACGAGCACUUUCUGAGACUGCGGUCCACGGUCAACGCCCCGGCGCCUGAACUUCUUGAAGUUUUUCCGGCCAUUCCAUGCAGGAUCCCAGCGGUCACUCCGUAGUUGGUUGAGAACACUAGCUUCUCGUCGCCGCUUCAAGGCUGCGGCAGCUGGAAAGCGUUGCUCUGUCUGCUCAGCUCGCUCGACCGUGUUCGUUACAUUUUGUGACCUGGCAGAGCGACGUGGUUGACUCACCGCCUGCGAUGCAGGUGCAGAAGGAGGCGAGGGUUCCUGUACGGGAAGAGAUUCUCGGAUGUCUUCCAUGGCGGUGUCAUCGGUCUUGCGCACUUUUCUAGGCCCUUCGAAUCCAUCGUCGAAUCCACUGAAUUUGCUCGUUAGGUUUCGUCGGAAUGGACGUUUCCGAGAAAUUGGCUUGACUUGCUCUUCUGGCGUCGAACUAGCUUCAUUGUUAGGCGAUGGGACAGUCGGCUGCGAGCGAGUUGCGACGGGAUUUUGCUGAGGAGGCUGGGUUUGUGUAGAUGGCGGCUCUACACUGGGUUCAACGUCUACGGCUUCCAUUGGCGGGCGCUGCAGCUGGGAACGAUCUUUAGCUAUGAUAGCAUCGAGAAACUCGUUUUGUUGGAUGGAUCGUUGAGCAAGUAACUGGUCAACCUUGAGUAUGAAGCUUAUUGCCCAUUCGCUGUACUCAUCGGGGUACGCAGAGGGACAAAUCGUAAUGACUGGCAAGGCAGCGGUGGUUGCUCUGCUUUUUUUCCGGGCCAAAACAUUGUUCACAUAUUCCACAUACUCUGCGGCCGUGGUUUCACCAAGUCGUAAUUCAUAGAAAAGCGCUUUGCCUCCCGCGCCUGCAAUGACCUGGUGCAAAUUGGCAUACUGGUUCUCCUCAACGAAGACGAAAGUAAGUCCGGAGAAUAGCUCGAAUCGAGCCGUGUCGGGUUCUAGCAUCUGUUCUGGACGCGCUACUGGUUCAGCGCCCGCAGGGGGGAUGUACUCUUUCUCUUUCGGCCACCAGGUAUCGAAAUCUUCCUCGAGAUGCGAGGGAACAUAAGCACCGUUGACGUCCACUGAGCUUGCGGCGGCUUCGAGUACCAUAUCGAGAUAUUCCAUCGUCACAAUGGGCGUGCCUGACACAAGUGCCUGUAGUACCUUUGGGAGAUUCCGUUUCUGUGACACGACGUGGGUAGUUCUCUCGUAUACAAACUCGGAUGAUGUCUUGAUAUCGAUAGCGUGAAGUUGAGCACAGCGCAUAUCCUUGGUGGCAUCGUUUUUCUUCUCCUUGGCUGCAAACGUGAAUACGAUAUCCUGCCACAUGAUUUUGAACGGCGGGUAGCUGUUUGAUAGUUUGAUGAUAUGUUCCUUGCCAGUGAGAGUAGUCUUGUCGUAAGCAAUGGUACCAUCACUCUCCUUUCUGCUUUUGUGCAUGUUGUUGUCAAUGGUAGUCCCUUGACGACAGCUUAGAUCCGUUAUAUCGACUUGAGACCUCUUGUGCAGAUGGACACCGUCUCCAGGAGCGACUUCGCCGACUUCAAUCAUCAUGUGCUUUCGCGACACGUUUUUGUUGUCGAUGAAAACGUUUUUGCCUUCGGGAUGACCAGCAUCGCUAUGUUUGGUCCGCCCGAAAAGUUGCUGUGAGCCUGGUCUCAGCCAUAUGCGUUUCCCUCCAAACAGGCUCUCGUGCUCGAGGAACCACAUGGUGCU